UUUCGGUAUAAAUAUGAGACUCGCCAAUUUGUUAGACAUAUUCGUUCAAGCGUCUUAUUCAGAUCAACACAAAAAACCUUAAACCUAAACAACAUGUUCAAGUCAAUCAUUGUUCUUGCCGCCAUUGUCGCUUGCGCCUUUGGAAAACCAUCAGGACUCGUUGCCCCAGUAGCAUACAGUGCUCCAGUUGUAGCUGCCUCCCCAGCUGUUGUCACUGCUUCCAGCUCCCAAGUUGUCGCUCGUAACUACAAUGGAAUUGCUGCUCCUUUGGUUGCUGCUGCUGCCCCAGUCGCCUAUGCCGCUCCAGCUGCCUAUGCCGCCCCAGCUGCUCUAGCUGCUCCUCUUGCCGCUGCUCCAUUGGCUUACAGUGCUCCAGCUAUUGCUGCUCCACUUGCUUACUCAGCUCCAGCUUUGGCUGCAGCCGCUCCACUCACAUACGCUGCCCGCUAUGCUACAGGAUUUGCUCCAGCCGCAUAUGCAGCUGCCCCAGCUUUGUGGUAAUUUACCAGAACAAAGACUGAUUUGUGGUUGUCAUUUUUUUGUGAUGAUUAAAGAAUAAUUGAAAACAAUAGA